AUGGCAUUUGAGAGACAGACAUUCAGUGCAAAGUGGACCGAGUCUGUAACCAACCUAUUUAUCGGUUUGUUGGUGGAUGAGGUCAAAAAGGGAAAUCGGACCUCUUCUACUUUCAACAAAGCAAGGUGGAGGAAUAUACAGACUGAAUUCGUUAGACAAACAGGAUGCCAAUAUAGCAUAGUCCAGCUGAGGAACAAGGUAAACAAACUAAGAAAACGGUAUAGCAGUUUUCAGAAACUUAUGUCUCAAUCUGGAUUUGGUUGGGAUAAUGUGAAUAAAAGAGUUGUUGUCGACAAUCCAAGUAUAUGGGAAUCUCACAUCAAGGAGGAUGUAGAGUGGGCAAAAUUCAGGAAUGAUGGAUUUCCCCAAUAUCUCAAGCUAUGUAUUGUAUUUGGUGGUACAUAUGCUACUGGGGAAUAUGGCAUUGGAAAUGCUCAAGAUUUGACGGUGUCAGAGGAAGAUGACAAUGGUGAUGGCAAUGUAGGCAGUGACAACAAUGGUUGCAAUGCAUAUGGUGACAACAUUGUGGCAAUGCCUAUGGUGAUGCUAGUGGUGGCCAUACAGAUGACUUCGGUGAUCACCACACUGAUAAAAGAGUCUUUACAUUAG